AUGGCUACCCAAAGUGAUAAGUCAUGCUCGACCCAGCACCAGGGCCACGGGCUCAGGGUUGCAAUCGUCGGUGCGGGGUUAACAGGUCUGAUUACAGCUCAGGCUCUGAAGAAGGAAGGGUUUGAAGUCACUGUCUUUGAGCGUGAUAGUCGCAUUGACGAACGACAGCGCGACUGGACUAUUCUUCUUCACUGGGCUAUGGCAACACUAAGAGAGAUACUUCCGGAGCAUAUCCUGAACAAUUUCCCUAAAAGCUAUGCCAAUCCCCACUUGGAAUUCAACGAAUGGGAUGAAAGUGUUCCCUUCUAUGACGGCCUGACUGGCGAGCUGAUGUUCCGGAACCCGGUUCCUGGUGCAAGGCGAAUCAGUAGACUCCGCUUAAGACAAGUUCUGGUUGAUGGUCUUGAUAUGCAAUGGGGAAAGGAUCUCGAACAAAUAAUCCCCGGCCAGCACUCUGUUGAACUUAGGUUUAAGGAUGGCAACAUUGUCACUACAGACUACGUCUUAGGGGCUGAUGGGCCAUUUUCCAAGGUUCGUGAAUUACUUGUAGGGGUUGAAGAUGCUAAACCACUUCCGUCUGGCUUCUCGAUUGCCAACUGUAUCUGUAAAUAUGGAGAUGCAGAAAAGGUCAAUACCGUUAUGAGACUACACCCGGUGUUUGCUGUAUCAAUGAGCUCCCUAAAUAUGGCCGGCUGCGGAGUCCAGACUGUUCUUGAUCCUAGCGAUGUCUCUACCUGGGAAACGUUCUGGGUCAAGAUAUUUCGCGGCCAUUCUGUCAGCCUCCACGGCCCAGAAGCCAUUGAGUAUACUAAAAAGGACAUGGCAGGAAUAUGUCAGCCUUUCCGAUCUAUCUUGGAGUGGACGCCGAAAGACAGUCCCUGCACUGUUAGUGAGAUGAAAUACUGGAUGCCAACUCUAUGGGAAACACAUGAGGGUAGAGUUCAACUAGCCGGAGAUGCAGCUCAUCCUAUGCUACCAUUUAGGGGCCAAGGGUUACAACAUGCUAUUGUCGAUGUUGAAAAGUAUCUUAUUGCACUUAAGCAAGUAAGAGGCGCAGAAAACACUAUUGCCAAGAGGGAAUCAAUGAAAGCGUACCAAGAAGAUGUAGUUAAGAGAGGAGGUGAAGCGGUCACACAAUCGCUACAGGAGGCUCAACGUGCGCUGGAAACUAAUGAGUUUGAUGAGACACUGACGUUCACUCAGGGUCAUGGCAGAUCAGCAUGA